AAGUACCGCUACUUUGCCUGUCUCCUGAGAGAACGAUUUGAUAAGAACAAGGAUGUGAAGGAUAUGGUGAAAGCUACAGAGCUGCUGAAGGCAGGCGAGGAGGAGUUCUGGGCAAACCAGCAUCCUCAGCCAUACAUCUUCCCUGACUCCCCUGGGGGCACUUCCUAUGAGAGAUAUGAGUGCUACAAGAUACCUGAAUGGUGCUUGGAUUACUGGCAUCCUUCUGAGAAGGCAGUGUAUCCUGAUUACUUUGCCAAAAGGGAGCAAUGGAAGAAGCUGCAGCGGGAAAGCUGGGAUAAAGAGAUUAAGCAGCUAGAAGAAGAAACUCCAGCUGAUGGUCCGAGAACUGAAGCUUUGCCUCCAGCUCGUAAGGAAGGGCAUCGGCCACCACUGUGGUGGCAGUAUGUAACAAGACCUCGUGAAAUUCCCAUGUAAAAACAUUAUUGCACUUGGGAAUUAAAGCGGUCCAUCUUCUGUAGGCAGUAGACAUGUCAGUGACUGCAUGCUACUCUUAAGUAAUACAAAAUAAAGCCAAAUAAAGUAAAA